AUGGCGGUCAAUUCGGUUGUUUUCACGCCAGCGCUUGGCCAGACGGUCUUCGUGCCUGCUGGCACUUCCUCGAUCGUCAUCUACGCUGCAACCCCGGAGCCCGUCGAAUUGACGGCCAGGAUUGACGGUCACGAUGAGCAGACCCCGUUCACGCAGGUCCAGCUCGACUCAUUCGGCCAGGAACCGCUGCUGACCUACAAGGUGACUCUCCCUCUCAACAGCGGCGGGGAGAUCGCCGUCUUCGGCAGCGGCAGCGGACUGGGCAAGAUUGCCUUUGUGCAGACGGAAGCCAAGGGCGUCGACCAGGAGUUUGUGACCGAAAUUGUCCUGGAAGAAGAUGAGGAAUGGAAGAGUCAGAAGAUCGACUGGCUCAACGUCCAUGACUGGGAGGGCUGGGCCUGGUACCGGCCCCGAGAGACGUGGAUUGAAGCUUCGUUUACGCAUCUGAGCCAGCUGUCCUCUCAGACGCCUACGCAUAACCUCUUGCUACGGCCUACGAGCGCGGAGAUUGAUCCCGGAUCGGUUCUUGCGGUCUUUCCUGCGUCCUCCCAGGAGGCCUUCGUCACGCUCAGCGCCGCACGCGACGGUGAGCCGCCAGGCGUCUACGCUCGCGCGAGACGGAUCAAGAAGGGCGGCCGGCCCAAGGUCUACGUGACGGGCAAGCUCACCGUGCAGAAGGGCACGACGACAGCGAUCCGCAGCGCGGUCGAGAUCGCCCGUGCCAAAUACGGCCUCUCUACGACUCCGUUUACCGACGAGUCCGGUCUGAACCCGUUCGAUCGCCUCGGCUUCUGCACCUGGACCAGCAUUGGCGAAAACGUGCCCCUCACGAUCGACCUGGUGGACAACCUCGUGCAGCUGCUGCGCCGCGACAACGUCCCCGUCGGCACGUUCCUGAUCGACGACGGCUGGCAGGAUAUCCGACAUGGACAGAACGGGGCGGCGAAAACGCGGGGUCUGUGGAGCUUUGGGACCUGGGACGGGAUGAAGAGCAGUCUGGCCGAUACGGUCGCGCUGAUCAAGCGGACCCUGCCGACGGUGAAGGACAUUGGCGUGUGGAUGACGUUGGCCGGCUAUUGGAACUCGAUCGUUCCGGAUUCACCGCUGGCGCAGAAGUACGAGAUGCGCGUGUACCACCUCGACCGGGACAAUGUGCGCGGGAUCAAGUGGCCUCCGAAGGAUUUCGACGGCCAGCAGUCGGGCUCCAUCUCGAAGCCGGAGAAUCGGGUCUGGUGUCUGCCUCCUCCGCAUCAGGCGUAUGCGUUUUGGCGAGACUACUUCCGUGCCUGCACCGACGCGGGCAUCACCUUCGUCAAGGUCGACAACCAGGCGUAUGGGUCUUUCCUGGAGGGCGUCGAGGGGGGUGAGGAGUUUGUAGCGCUGUGGAAUGGGAUGACGCGGGCGGCCAACGAGACGUUUGGCGAGAACCGGGUUAUCCACUGCAUGGCACACUACGAGCGCAUGUUCAACGGCGACAUUGGCAUGGGAAUGGCGACGCAGGGGAAGCGAAUGGUCAUCCGCAACUCGGACGACUUUGGCCUGCCGCGGCGCAACGUGCACCGCGACCACAUCCGGUACAACAUCUACAACGGCAUGCUGCUGGGGCAUCAGUGUUUGACGCCGGACGCGGACAUGUUCAUGACCAGCGCGCAGUGGCCCGAGUACCAUGCCGUGCUGCGGGCCUUCUUCCCCGGGCCGAUCUUCCUGGCCGACAAGCCGGGCCAGGGCGAUGCGCGCGUGCGGUCGAAGCUGAUCGGGCGGACGCCUGGGGAAGAUUCGUACCAGGUGAUCCGGGCGUCGAAUGUCGUCCGACCGCUGCAACGGAAUGUGUGGGAGCGGUUCUUGGAUGGAGGUCGGGGGGCGUCUCUCAAGGGGACGUCCUACUUCCCAGACAGCCAUUCUGCGGCGAUCGUGCUGUGGAACACGCGUGAGGACGCAGUCGAUCACAGCGUCGACGUCCUUUUCGAGGGCGAUCUCCUCGACGCGCUCGACACGCCUUCUGGGCCGUGGGAGGGCGUGAUCUGGGCGGCGAACUCCCGCAAGGCAAAGUCCGUGAGCCUGGAUCGAGCCCGCGCAGGGACUUCCGACUGGGAGACAAUAACCGCCUCGGAGCCGGUGGUGACGGUGUCGCUGGCACCGCAGAGCGCGGAGACGCUGACGAUUGCGCCAUACCAGGCAGUGGGCAAAGGUCGGAUUGCGAAUCUGGGGCUGGUCGACAAAUACGCCAGUCUUGCGGGCAUCAAGAGUUCUUCUGUCGUGCAACAAGGCAGCCGGCUGGUGACGGAGAUCAAGUACGACGGCGUUGUUGGAUUUGUCAUUGCGGACGCAGUUGACAUCAGCGCGACUGUUGACGGGAAGGCAGUGGAUGUUUUGACGGAACGGCUGCAGGAGGGAUUGAUGCUGGUGCAGGUGGAUCUGACCCAGGCAGCAGGGACGGGAAGCAGCUGGAGGGUGGAGGUUGCGUGUACUUAA